AGUUUUAAGGAAAUGUCAGGAUUAACUUACAGAGAAAUCAAUGGCGACCUUUUCAAAUGCCACAGUGAUUAUUCCAUGUGCCACUGCGUGGCUGCCGAUUUGCGAAUGGGCAGAGGCAUAGCUGUAAAUUUUCGCAACAAAUUUGGACAGUUGUUGAAUUUGCAGAGACAAAAUGUUCAGCCAGGCGGCGUGGCUGUCCUUCAGGACCAGCAGCGAUUUAUUUACUAUCUGAUCACCAAGAAAUCCAGCUGGGGAAAGCCCACCUACGAACUUCUCCAGAGUUCCUUGAUCGCCAUGCGAAAACACAUGAUCUCCCACCAAGUACCCAAGCUAGCCAUGCCCCGCAUUGGAUGCGGUUUGGAUGGCCUAAACUGGCCCAAAGUUAAGGAAAUAAUUUGCCAGGUUUUUCAAGCAGAUUCUGUUGAGCUGGUCGUUUAUAAUUAUGUUGCUAAGAAGUAAAGGGCACAUAUUAAAAUGAACAAUCCAUUAUUUUGCCUGUGGGGGCACAAAAUUGUAGACCACAAUCUCCAGCGGCUCUUGGCCAAAAACGUACUCGAGGACUCCGUUGACUUUUUCCCAUUCCAAGCCAUCAAUUCCGCAGCCAAUUUUCGGGAUGGCCAGCUUAUCCACGUUGUUUUUGCGCUAAUGUACGAAUGAUAAAAUGUAGCUCUUAUAAAUAUAACUUUUUUUUAUAUAUUAAAAAAAAUAAAAGCAGGGAUAAAUCCCAUCCAUAAAAGAUA